GGCAAAAUGCUAGACCGGGGAGCGAGGUCUGUCAAGUUGGUUCGCCUGAGCCCGGCCACCCGCUACCUCAUCUGUGUGCUGGGUCUCGGCUCGUGGGCCGAUCGCAUGCAACACGUCGACACGCAUGCGCACAAUCACACACACGACACUCAUCAGCUGACGGCACUGGCUGACUCGCAGACUAGCCGAUGCACUGAGGUGAAAACCCUAGAGGGUGAUAGUGAGGAGAGUGCAGGUCGCGGGGGUGGCUCCAUCCUGACCCGUCGCCUGGGGUUGAUCGUCGGCUCAGCCAUGGGCUUCGUCGUUUUUGUCGUCCUGGUCUCCGUCCUCGGCUACUUGAAGAUCAAGAAACAGCGACAGGUAAUG